UUCCGCCCACAGAAAGUAUGGCGGCGCCGGUGUCCGUUAAGGAGACCGCCCCCGUUCGCCCCACCCCCGGCUGGUUUGCCUGCCUCUUCCCGAAAGAAAGAUGGCAGCAGCCUGAGCUGAACGGCUGCUGGCGUAGCGGACGCUCCGCUGCGCUCUCUGGACCCGGCGCUGCGGAAGGCCGGCACCUAACUGCUUGCUGGGAUCUGAAUUUAUCUUCAGCUUUCCAAGCAGUCAGCCCGUGGCUGUGCUGGCCCUCAGAGCCCUUGGCAGUGCCAAGGCUUGGAUUUGAUCUGUGAUCUCCCUCAGAACUCUGCUGCUCCUGGCUCCACUCCUGGCCUACACCUUGUGCACCACUCUACAGCCUUGCCUCAUGGCGAUGGCUUCCAGGCAGGCCCCUCUCUGUGGCCUGGCUGUGCACUGCUUCUGGCUUCUGGGCUUCAUCCUUUUGAUGGAGGUAUCUGCACGGCCGGCCAAUCACUCAUCCACUCGAGAGAGAGCAGCCAACAGGGAGGAAAAGGAGCUCCUGCCCCCAGAUCACCUGAAUGGGGUGAAGCUGGAGAUGGAUGGACACCUCAACAAGGAUUUCCACCAGGAGGUCUUCCUGGGGAAAGACGUGGGUGGCUUUGAUGAGGAUGCAGAGCCACGUAGGAGCCGGAGGAAGCUGAUGGUCAUCUUCUCCAAAGUGGAUGUGAACACAGAUAGGAGGAUCAGUGCUAAGGAGAUGCAGCGCUGGAUCAUGGAGAAGACAGCUGAACACUUCCAGGAGGCUGUGAAGGAGAACAAGAUACACUUCCGGGCUGUGGACCCUGAUGGCGAUGGCCAUGUGUCCUGGGACGAAUAUAAAGUGAAGUUUUUGGCAAGCAAAGGCCACAAUGAGAAAGAGGUUGCUGAUGCGAUCAGGAACCACGAGGAGCUGAAGGUGGAUGAAGAGACACAGGAAGUCCUUGAAAACCUCAAAGACCGCUGGUAUCAGGCGGACAGUCCCCCUGCGGACCUGCUGCUGACCGAGGACGAGUUCCUGUCUUUCCUUCACCCUGAGCACAGUCGGGGCAUGCUCAAGUUCAUGGUCAAAGAGAUCGUCCGAGACUUGGACCAGGACGGCGACAAGCAGCUUUCUCUACCCGAGUUUAUCUCCCUGCCGGUGGGCACAGUUGAGAACCAGCAGGGCCAGGACAUGGAUGACAGCUGGGUCAGAGACAGGAAGAAAGAGUUUGAAGAGCUGAUUGACUCCAACCAUGAUGGAAUUGUGACCAUGGAGGAGCUGGAGAACUACAUGGACCCCAUGAAUGAAUACAAUGCCCUCAACGAAGCCAAGCAGAUGAUUGCCAUUGCUGACGAGAAUCAAAACCACCACCUGGAGCCCGAAGAGAUCCUCAAGUACAGCGAGUUCUUUACAGGCAGCAAGUUGAUGGACUAUGCCCGCAACGUGCAUGAGGAGUUCUGAGUUCUGUGGCCUGUAGUCCCUCACCCCCAGGGAGCCACAGGCCAGUGCAGCGGGGACCAGCGCCUGUCCUCUUGUCCAGGGCCAUCCCAGUACCUCCCUUUCGCUGCUGCCCCUGACUAGGACUUGGGUUCAGCUGGGCCAUGCUGUGGCCUGGGGUUAUUAAAGUUGUGCUUAGCAGGCUCUGUUCCUCUGCGGUACCUGUCCCCAUGGGCCACCUCCUGCUCUGUCAUCUGGCAUUGUCUGUCCUCCCGUGCCUUGACUGCUGCUUCUGCUUCUGAGAACUGCUGAGCCCUGCUAAAGGCGCUGACCACGUCGGGGUGCGGAACUCUCGGGCCACCACCGUGGGAAAUCACACAGCUCCUGCCAUUUCCUUGAAAACUGAAAGAUUAAGAUGAAAGCAGACGUACUUUGCUGGAAAUGAGUAGCCAGGCAGUGCGGAAGACUCCUCCUCCUUCCUGGGCUGGGGCCAGGGUGUGUGGGGUGGGGUCUUCCUCAGCUUGCAGUCUCAGAUUUGUCACGGGAAUCAAUUAGUUUACUUUAAAAUACAGUUGCCUUUUUCUCA